AUGAGUAAGAAAAAGCCCCUGGGGGUCUGGGGCUUCCCUGGGAGGAUCCCUGGGAAGACCAUAUCCUUUUGGAUCCAUCUCCAGCCAGAGGAAGGACCAGCAGGACCAUCAGAAAAUGAAACAAAAAAAGGCUUGAAUGGGGUUGACUUUGUUUCCGGCUUGAAAAAAGUUCCAGAAUUGUUAAGACAAAAGGUGGCAGUGGACAGCUCACCCCUCAGCACCCCAACCAUACAUUAUUAUACAGGUGACUUUCUAGCCAACAGGAAAUUCCAGAUACUGGAAUCGAGGUGCAUUUUGGUCUGGUCAAACUUGGGCCCAAAAACACAGGGUCACAUCAAAAAUGUGAAUGUUGGCUACCUACUCUAUAAAAACAGUAACAAUGGUGUUAGAAAAACAUGUGAGAACGUGGACUGUGGACCCGGGAAGAAAUGUAAAAUGAACAAGAAGAACAAACCUCGGUGUGUUUGUGCUCCGGAUUGCUCUAAUAUCACUUGGAAGGGCCCCGUGUGUGGCUUAGAUGGGAAAACCUACAGGAACGAGUGUGCCCUUCUCAAAGCCAGAUGUAAAGAACAGCCCGAACUUGAAGUCCAGUAUCAGGGCAAAUGCAAAAAGACCUGUAAGGAUGUCUUAUGUCCGGGCAGCUCCACCUGCGUGGUUGAUCAGACUAAUAAUGCCUACUGCGUGACGUGUAACCGCAAUUGCCCAGAGCCUACCUCCCCCGAACAGUAUCUCUGCGGGAAUGACGGCAUAACCUAUGCCAGCGCCUGCCACCUGAGGAAAGCCACCUGCCUCCUGGGCCGCUCCAUUGGAUUAGCCUAUGAAGGAAAAUGCAUCAAAGCCAAAUCCUGCGAAGAUAUUCAGUGCAGCGCUGGGAAGAAAUGCUUGUGGGAUUUUAAGGUUGGCAGAGGCCGGUGCGCCCUCUGCGAUGAGCUAUGUCCCGAAAGCAAGUCAGACGAGGCAGUCUGCGCUAGCGACAACACUACGUACCCCAGCGAGUGUGCCAUGAAAGAGGCAGCCUGCUCCAUGGGCGUGCUGCUAGAAGUGAAGCACUCCGGAUCCUGCAAUUCCAUUAAUGAAGACCCAGAGGAAGAAGAGGAAGAUGAAGACCAGGACUACAGCUUUCCUAUAUCUUCUAUUCUAGAGUGGUAA